UCCGUUGCAGGUAGUCAAUUCGAGUGAAAGGCGCACAGGCUUAAGUGGAAUUUUUGGUGAAUUAAUACUUGGAAGGCGUUUCUUCAGCUGGGGUGAAUUUGAGAAGUCAUUAGCAGAAUUCCAAAAAUUGUCCUGCACUCACUAUGUUCAUAAUUAUAGCAAAACGAUACCGGAUGACAGAUUUAAGUACGCUUUUGUUGGUUUUAAAUGCACUUUUGGAGUGAAUCGUACAAGACCUGGAUUGAAAUUGAAAAAUAAGUC